AUGGAGACCAAGGACAACGGCGGAGGCGAGAACAAGGUGUUUUCUUCGCAGCACUACCAUGCACAGCAGCAAGGAUACCCGCUCGACGCCAUUCCUAUCCCGGUGCACCAGAUACCCAUACAAAGCGGCCACAUCAUCCUACCACAGCUGUUUAACAACGGACUUCAACAGGGCGCCAUCCAUCUGCCACAGUGGGAGUCGAACAAACUCCAAAAGCCGCCUCAGCCAGUUUUUGAGCACCAACAUCAGUCAGCGCAGCAACAGCAUGAACCGCAGUACCAGCAGCAACAGCAGCACGAGCAGCAGUACCAACAGCACCAACAGCAGCAGCAGCAGCAGCAGCAGCAGCCACAGCAGGGCCACCACCACCAUGCUUAUCCCGAUGUCCACCAUCAACCGACGCAAGUUGUUCACCAUGGCGGUGGAGGUGGCGGCGGCGGCGGCGGCGGCGGUGCAUCUGAGGAGCAGCAUCACCAGUACAUAGAGAACCACAACGUUCAUCCGCAGCAAUCGACGGACUUAGCGACGCAGGCUCAAGGCCAGGAGCCGUGGCCACUGCCUCAGCCCGAAAUGCCCAAGAUUGUCCACCUGGAUGUCAAAUGCGAGAAAAACCUCAUGAAGGUAGUGGUCGAGUUCGACAAGCCCUUCCACGGCAUAAUCUUCAGCAAAGGCCAUUACAGCUACGGUAGUUGUGUCCACUUGCCGGCGGGCUCAGGCCGCAAAAGCGUCUACUUCGAUGUAUCGAUCAACAGCUGUGGCACCAUUGGAAACACGCAGAAUGGCCUCUACGGUUACGACGGUGGCAACUCUGGAACUGGCAGCUUCUUCGAGAACACCAUUAUCGUCCAGUACGAUCCACAGGUGCAGGAAGUGUGGGACCAAGCACGCAAGUUGAGGUGCACGUGGCACAACAACUACGAGAAGGCGGUUACUUUCCGGCCUUUCCCAGUAGACAUGCUCGACGUUGUGCGCGCCGACUUCGCAGGUGACAACGUAGGCUGCUGGAUGCAGAUACAAGCUGGAAAAGGGCCUUGGGCCAGCGAGGUAGCCGGCAUCGUCAAAAUCGGUCAGACUAUGACGAUGGUACUGGCGAUCAAGGACGACGAGAACAAAUUCGACAUGCUGGUGCGCAACUGCAUUGCGCAUGACGGCCAGCGGGCGCCCAUCGAGCUUGUCGACAGCCAAGGGUGCGUCGUGCGACCAAAACUAAUGAGCCGGUUCACCAAGAUCAGGAACUUCGGUUCCAGUGCGACGGUGCUGUCGUACGCACAUUUCCAGGCCUUUAAAUUUCCUGAUACAAUGGAAGUGCACUUCCAAUGCACCAUACAGAUCUGCCGGUAUCAAUGCCCGGAUCAGUGUUCGGCGCAGGCGUCCGUCGACUCAUCGGCACCCGAAAAGCAGGCGCUGUACUCUAACCAUGUUUCCCAGUCUGCUGGUCGGCCCAGGGAAGAGAGAGACGUUUCGUACCACGAAGAGGAGGAGGAAAUGGCAGAGAUUGGCGUGAACAGAGUGAUUCGCGUUGUCUCAGCUGGUGACUUGGCAUUCAGCCUGGGUUCCAACGAGACCCAUCCGGCUCCCUUAGUAAAGGAGGAGCAUGAAAGUUCCAUCAUAUGCAUGUCUGCGCCAGGAUUCGCGUCCGUCCUUGUAGUACUCCUGUCCCUCCUCGUCAUUGCCUGCUUGCUGUCCGCCUUCUUGUGGAUCAAGCAAAAGACGGCGAUGCGGCUUCCUAAAAGCCUUCCCUACGAUCUGCCAGUGCUCAAAAAGGGAAAGCUCUAAUAAGGUUUCGCUUAUAGGCUCCUGAACUAAUAAGAUGAACGAGAUUUUCUUUUUUCCAGCAUCGCGAAAAAAUUUGACCAUUCGGCCUCUCCCCUCAAAACAGUGGAAUCGCGCAGCUUAAAAGCACGUUACCUCCAGCAGCACGAUUCCACUUAAAUACUGCGAAGGGGCUGAAUGAUUAAAUUUUUGCAGGUGGCCUUACGACCCGCUGACACUGCGUAUUCGGAUCCUUUAUUUUACCUUUUAUCGCAUGAAUACUGCUGCUGGUCUAGGUGACUUUAGCGAAUCCGCCUUGUCAGCGCGUCCGAUAACCGGGCCAAAAUGUGCCUUCUUCCUUAAGCCAUAAACAUCUGUUUAACUUUCAUUGUGCAUUCAGGGAUCAUCCAUGUUCAUUUAACCACAUUUGAGUGUUAGCCCACAAUGACGCGUUUUUCUUCGUAGUUCUGCCUCACCAGUGUGUCUAGGAUAAAGUGUAUGCUACCAUUACGAAGCGACGUUGAAGUCGCUUAUCGGCAGGCACAUUCACUUCCCCGUCUUUUGUAUCACGCUCUGCGCUUACAAGAUUUAAAUGGUAUUCACUCGGACACAGCGCGCGGGCAGGCCAACUCGCGUACAAUCGCCCCGACAAUUAAGAGCCUCCAUGGCGGCAAGUCCGCAUGCAACGUGGAUUAGGCUGCUUUCGUCCGCUUAUACCCGAGUGCCAAAGGUAACGUGCAGGUACAGGCCGUGCGCUCUCCGCACUUACAUCAGUCGGGCGCUUUGGAUCAAAGUAGCCGCUAACACUGCAGCGUUUUCUUGUCUUGAGCUCGCUGAGCGUGAUUGCGUGCGAUUGUGGAGCACACCGCACAGACCAGUAGCAAAAUGCCAAGCCACGAGUCUGCCGCGACCGGCCAUAAUUUUGGUCGGGCGUUACGAAAUUAAUUUUGAACAGGCCCACUUUCCGUCCACGUUGUUGUCACGUCGGGCUACAUAAAUGUGGCGUCAAAGGAUGCUCUUCGUAAAGUCUACGAAUUUGAGGUUGUACGAUUUUACGACUCUCUCGUGAAGUUUUACGAAAAAAAUCUUGAAAGAUGGCAUGGUGCAAGAUAGAAAAAAAAAAUGGGUAUAAAGAUUGUGAUGGCACCUGUGCUGCCCUCUUGUGACAGCCCAACAUGCCAGAAGGGCACUUCCUCCAAAAACGUUUAUCUGACAAGCUCCUAACGCACGCCAAAUCGGCAAGGGCAAUCUGACUGAAAAGGUCACAUUAUCUAAAAAUAAUGUGUUGCUUGCGAGCCUCUGCUGUACAAACGUUUGCUGCUACUUGUGCGCUGUGUCUAAAGGUAUUUCAGCGUUAAUAAAGUGCGUGUGUAUCUCAUAAAAGGUGUGUGCUAAGAGCAAGCUUUGAAAUAAGAAUGCUUACUAUCCUCCCCCCUCUCUUUCUUACUGUGGCUGCGGGACUUUUACGAAUUUUAAUGUGCACAAGUUGGAAGGUAUGCUAUAAUUGAAAGUGAUCUGUGAAAACACAAUGCAAAAAUUUAAUGGUCGUCCACAUUAUGACAGCACACUGCAAGUUUUUCAUUUUUAGUAUGACGUUACUCUUCUCCCAUUUUCUUUACUGUGCACUAGGAAAUCAAACUCAUCGUUUAACAAAUUUUCAGGAACCACUACUUGGAGUAUACGCGGGAUCGGCAUGAAAAUUAUUUUUCCAGAAUCAAUUUGGGCUGAAAUGCUUCUGCCAAACAGUAUUUUCACUGUUCAGUGCCAUUGCGUACUUAGCAUCAACCCCCCCUGUCCCGCACCGCUUCCUCCCAGUAGAACAUGUAUGCAGCUUUUAGUAUAGUUGACUGCGCCGACACGGACAUUGCGUUCUCCAGGUAGCCGAGUAAACAACUACAAAAGCAGCUGCACCUGGCAGUAGCAACGAACUAAUGAAAGCAGUUACAUCAAAACAGUUGAUGCUUUCGUGUACAAUUGUUUGGAUAACAGCAUACUUAACACAAAACCCUAAUCACUCGCACGGAAUGGCUUAUGUUGCAAUGAUUAUAGGCUGGCAUAAUUUGCACUCACAUUAAAUCCCUUUGUGGCGUGCUUCAACUCGCUAUUGUUUGACAAAUUCUGCUGAGAGUCCAAAUGCAAGGAUGUGUACUAAGAGAUGUGUGUUAUCCAUCAAUGCAAUCCCCAUUGAACGCUGCACAAGUUUGACAGUGCUGCAUGUGAAAGCUUGAUGAAACAGUUGACAAUCAUGAAGAUGUACUAUUGUGCUUCAAUGCAACCCCUACUCAAGGCAGCACAGAACAAACAUACAAAGCAUUGAAACUUGGCAGAAAGGUCACUCUUAGGUGACUUGUCCAUUCAUUUGUCAUAGAACACCUCGAUGGCGAUUUUGUUGCCUUGUUGACAACAUCCAAUAUUUUUUUUGCAGUGGUUUCUGGAUAAGUGCCUGGAUGCCUGCUUUAUCUAACUUUGCAGCUGAGUAGUUCAGGCCUUUAAAAAUUUUGGAGAUUUAACCCAAUGUGUAAUAGCAAGGAAGCAGGCCACCAGCCCAAGAGGCAACUUCACACAAAGUUCUAAAGGUUCAUGAACUUCCUAUCGCAAGUGCAUUACCCUCAAUAAUUAUUACACUAAAAUAAAAUAUCGCGUAUUGGCCGAGAUGUUUCAUUGAGCUUUUUCAUUGUUUCAUUUGUCAGACAUCAACCAUUUUUUCAUGUGAUUAUGCUGUUUUUUUUUUCUUUAAUGGUGCUAAGGAUGAAUGUAGGUUCUAUGCAUUUUCCCUCUUGCCAAACAGUCACAAUAUUCUUGGCUAUUCCAAAGGUGCUAUAUGUGCAUCAUUUGGUCUGGCAUGUUUCUCUUGUAAAUAGGUCUGAA